AUGACGGGGUUGAUAAUAUAUCUCUCUCUUUCGGCAUGUCUAGGGCUCAGAUACGACGAUCUCUACGAUCCGAUGUAUGAUUUGGACAUCAAGGAGGCCCUAGCCCGUCUGCCUCGUGAGAUCGUCGACGCCAGGAACCAGCGCCUCAAGCGCGCAAUGGAUCUCUCCAUGAAGCACGAAUAUCUUCCCGAAGAUCUCCAGGUCAUCUCUCUGUAU